CUUCUGACGUGCAUGGAAAUUACUUACGGCGACAGGUAUAAAUGCGCUGCAUCUUGUUUCCACGCGACAGUGAAAAGUUAUCAGCCUAGCGACUUCAUCUAAACAUUACAUUUCAAGGAAAAAUGAGGACUGCAGUUUUGGUAGCUCUUGUGUGUCUGGCGUUGGUGUGUCUGAGUGAGGGGCUCCCUUCAAGGAACCGAUGGUCAUCCCCUGAUCUACGCAAGGACAACGGAAAUGGCAAUGGCAAUGGUAGCAACGGCAAUGGUAACGGGAACAACGGCAUCGGCAACGGUAAUGGCGGAUCGAACGGAGAAAAUGAAAACGCCGGUGGCAACGGAAAUGGAAACAAUGGGAACGGAAAUGGAAACGGUGGUCCUAAUGGCGAUGACCAGCCAACCACCGUUGCUGCUCCUGAACCAACAGAAGCCCCCGUCGAAGAGGUGACCUCUGAUGCUCCUACUGAAGGACCAGUUGAAGAAAGCACCACUGCGGCUUCUGAAGCGACCACCGAGGGCAACUCAAACGAGGAGAGCAACGAGAGUGAAAGCAGCAGUGAAACAUCAGAAGUGACAACUUCCGAUCCUGAAGAACCCACCACUCAGGCACCAGAAGCGACCACCGUUCCUCAGAGCAGCUCAAGCGAGGAGAGUAGCGAGAGUGAAAGCAGCAAUGAGGAAGAAAACGCAAGCAAUGAAUCCGGAGAGGCCAGUAACGAGCAAGGUUCUGAAGAGGCCAACAACUCCGAGGACGCAAACACUGAGGAAAACAAGUCCGAGGACAGCCGGAGUGAAAGUAAGGAUUCAAACCAGGACAACUCUGAAGAUUCCAGCAAGUAAAAAAGUUUAGACUGUAGUUUAUUAGCUUGACUGAUGAGUCAUUUCAUAGUUGCAAUUUAUCUCUGUAACAAUAAAAAGCGCAAUAAUUACAUGAUGAAAUAAAAGUCUUUCAAAAUAAUUUAUAUCUUGAUGUACCUUGUAAUGUGACUGUUUGCAUUUAUUUAUCAA